AUGGCAGUCACGCCACCAGCUCCGCAACGAAUUGUACAACCGCAACGCAACCCAGAAGUCGCCGAACGAGAUACUGAUACAAGGCCACCACGUUCGCGAUACCGACAAGUCAACGGACAAAGGAGCAGCAGCGGUGGCAUCGUAGAUCAUUGGGUUACAAAAGACACGCGACCACAAUCGAUGGACUACAUACAGGAUCCAGGACGCUUGUCUUACAUCCAAGGCCUCCAAUGUGUAAAUUCCGCGAAGCCGCAACCAGUCUCGGCUGAGGCUGCAGCGAAAGAAGCACGGAAGUCCAUGCCAAAUCUGAUGGCCAUUCGCAACCCAUCACAUGCUAUGCGUGCAAGUCCAAAGGCUGGCCCCGAAUAUAGCCAGACAUACUCAGGCGGCGCACACGCAGCUCAUGCAAGCUCAACUUUUGGCUAUGGAGGCGCUUUCCAGCCUGCCUACAUGAGAACCAAAGAAGAACCUAGAAGCCACGAUCGAGGUUUCAAACUGGAUGAUAGGUCGACGACAGAUAGCGUACACACUACCCAAACCAAUUCGACGGGAGCAGCUGUGAGUGGGUUACAGUCCCAACAAGGAAGCCUCCACGCUGUGACUCCCGAUGAGCAAACCGCCCGUCAGCAGUACUUCGAGGACACGAGUGCGCCGCGGCUGCAGGUAGUCGGCUCAGAGGGGGUAUAUGGUGCUCCUGAGAGGGCUCGAGAUGCCAUGCAAGCGCAUCAGAGGAACCACUCGGCCCCGGCUCCCCGGGUACAGCCAAGCUCCAUCGUCGAGCUUGAUUCAACGGUGUCAUCGAAUACUAUAUUUGUCGCCAAACCCCCCGCCCGACCCAUGAUGGCAGAGCAACACGCUGCCCGAGAUGGCGAAGCCUCAAAUCAACACGAGUACGAUGUUCGGUCAGCCCUGCACACUUCGCCUGCGCUUCCUGAACGUGGCUCGCUUCCAGCCAGCCUCGUAGCUGGGCGACCAGGAAUGCACGCCCAUCGUUCCUCCCCCAACCACACCGGGCACUCAGACGGCCCGACACCCACUUUCUCCACGCGCCACACAAACGCUUACCGGUACUCUUCCUAUGCCCCCUCAUCGACAGAGGUUUUCGAAGCUUUCCAGAACCAAGGCGUUGCACCCAUAUACAAACCAUACCGGCCGUUUGUAGCCACAGAUAAGCUCAACAGAACCGACUCCCUGAGUUCUGUGUACAGCCCUGUGCACAAGCGCAACGCUUCUGAUAUUCCAAACGCGAAGCAUGACUCCAUCACGUUAACGUUGGCGAAGGAGUACCAGGACCUGAUCGGCGUACAAAGGGGGUAUAUGAGUGACUAA